AUGCUUCGUAACACCAUCAUCCGACCUGCCGUCACGGCCAACCGGGCUCUGCUGACCCGGUCCUUCUCCAUUGCUGCGCCCCGAAUGGGCGAAGGAGACACUGGCGCCCCUCGCUCUGGAGGCGCUGCUGCUGGUGACUCGUUCACCAAGCGCGAGGCUGCCCAGGAGGCUCUCUACAUCCGCGAGAAGGAGCUUGAGAAGCUUGCCCAGCUCCGCAAGAAGAUCAACGACCAGCGCGCACACCUCGACGAGCUUGAGGGUCACAUCAACAAGUUGACCAAGGACCACUCCGGAGGCAAGAACUAA